CACACACACACACCCCACCUCCACCAGAUCCCGAAGGGCUUUUUCAGCAUUCGGGGCGUGCCUAAGGUUCUCCCGCUUUCUUGGAAGCGCCCCCAGCCCCCGGAAAGGCAUCGGGCAGCAGCGGGCCCACCUCUCGACGAGUCGUUGCCGCUUUAAGUGGAAGACCAUGCUGGGCGGUGGGUUGGGUCCCUGUGCUCCCCCUCGCCUCCCCCACGUGGUCUCGGUUCUUGUGAAUUUCAAUCGCUAGAGGGUCUGUGUACAGACACCGGCCCCGCAGCCGAAGCUGGGGCGUCCGUCCGGAAUCGGGGUUCUUCCUCCUCCUCCUCCUUACACGGGAUCUUCCCUGCCAGCCUUUUAGGCAGGCUCCUGCCGGAAUCUGGAACCGGCCACCGGCAGCCACCAUGAACCAAGGCAGCCCCGAUCGGCUGAGCCGCGGGGUAGCGCAGCUACCGAGUCCCGGAGCGGCGGACUGAAAUCGCGGCAGCCUCCAAGCUCAGCACCAGCCGCGGGAGGAGAAUGCAACGAGCGGGUCUGGCCGGGCUGGGCUCCGUGGCCGUGCUCUGGCUGCUAGGUUUGGCUUCCCUGGCGGGGCUGUGGAGCGGACGGAUCGGGGACCCGAGAACGAUCGAACUGAACUUCCCGCAGGAGCGAGCCGACUCGGCGUUCGGCAGCAUCCAAGUAGCGCCGGCAGCACCGAGCCCUCCCCUCCAGACAAGUCGCCUCCAAGCCGCCCAGAAAACUUUCCGAGCGCUGCUCACGCUCCCGGGACAGUCGACGGAGCUUCAGGAGGGCCAGGGAGAAAGCGGGCAGGAGCCGCCGCUUCCUUCGGCUCGCCCUCGGCGGGAGAGGCAAGGAGCCAUGGGAGCCGACGAGCAGUUUCCCUUCUUGCCGGUGCGCGGCGGGGUUUUCUGGAGCCAGACUUUGGAGGCUCAGGUGCCGCCGGGUUUUUCGGCGGAGGAGACCGCCUCGUGGCUGCGGGCGGCCCGGGAAGCGCGCGUCGUGUCGCUGGAGCGCGGCGGCUGUGGCCGCAGUUCCAACCGGCUGGCCCGGUUAUCGGACGGGAGCCGCGCCUGCGUGCGCUACGGCAUCAACCCGGAGCAGAUCCAGGGCGAGGCGCUCUCCUAUCACCUGGCCGGGCUGCUGGGCAUUCAGGAGCGGCUGCCGCCUCUGGCUCUCUCCCGGGUGGAAGCCCGCGGCGGGCAGUGGGCGGAAGUGCGCGACGAGCUGCGCGGCUCCCAUUGGGCCGAGGGGGCCGUGGUGAGUCUGGCGCGGUGGGUGGACAAUCUGACCGACGUGGUGGCCCCCGCCCCCUGGCAAGCUGAGGCGGGGGCGCCGGCGGCCGGCCGGAGGUUGCAGCCCCUGGCGGCGGGGGAGCUGAGAGGCCUCAGCCAGGCGCAGCUGGUGGAGCUGGUGCAGUGGAGCGACUUGAUUCUCUUCGACUAUCUCACGGCCAACUUCGACCGGCUGGUCAGCAACCUGUUUAGCCUGCAGUGGGACCCGCGCGUCAUGCAUCGGGCCACCAGCAACCUGCACCGGGCCCCCAACGGGGGAUUGGUUUUCCUCGACAACGAGGCCGGCCUGGUGCACGGCUACCGGCUGCUCGCCAUGUGGGACAAGUACAACGAGCCUUUGCUGCGCUCCGUCUGUGUCUUUCGCGAGGGCACCGCCCAGAGAGUGCGGGAGUUGCACCGCCUCCGCAACGCGGCGUCCGAGCUGCUCAGGCUCUACCGGACUCGGGAGCCCCUGGCCGAGAUUCUCGGCUUCCUCUCCGACCAGCAAGCCCAGAUGCUCCAGGAGCGUAUCGACUUUGUCCAUAAGCACAUUUUGCACUGCAAAGCCAAGGCCACCGCUCCGUGAUGUUCUUUGGCUGGCGAAACCGCCCGGAUUUAUGAGACUCGGAAGAGAUUCAAGAAUGGGGAGAAGGACACCUGAAGGGGGUCUUUCCCGCUAUUCAAGGGCCUGGGGAUCAAUAUCCCUGAAGGAAAUCAAGGCUGGGAAAUCCCCCUCCCCUUUGGGGAUUGACAGGAACCUCUUCCCGCAGAAUGUUCCUGAGAUUUCACAGAGGAAUAUGUGGCAAACCCAGCUAAAAAUGAACACAAUUCAGAGUUCUGUUUUGUGAGGAUGAAUAGCCAGUAGCUGAACUAGUUCUUGUCUCUCAGAUACUUUGUUCCUGGAAUCUAUCUGCAGAAUGUGAUCCUUCUUUAUCUGACACUCCUAGUGUUAAGUUCCCAGCUCCUGAAGGAAAAGCGCCUUGCUGCCAAUUUCACUCCACUUGUGACCCUUGGGGAGGCCUGGAUGUUUGGGAGAGAUGCACUCACAUGGCCUUCUGCACCCUGGGAACUUCCAAGAUGCAUGGAACCACAUCUUACACCAGGCCCCAGCUGGCAUGUUGGCCAAGGGUGAUAGAAGUUGUAAUCCUGUUCAACAGGAGGGUGCCAUAUUAAAGCUGGAUUAAAAUGUCAUUACCCCACCCCCACCAGUUUUUAAGUAUUAGAUGUAACAAUGCCCCCUUCUAUCCCUGAUCUGCACUAUUGCCUAUUACAGAAAAGGUCAAAAAUACCUUCCCAAUCUGCAGUUUUUGUUGAAAGUGCUGUAAAGAUGCUGAGUAGCCGGGAGUUAGAAACAUAGCUGAGUUUUAAGAGAUGAUUCAUGCCUUUGAUAUAAUCUAUACAUAAAAAAUAGAUUUAUAUGUCACUGUGUCAUUUCCCUUAAUGGAUGUUAAGAGCUUCUCUUAACAAUUGAAAUUAAAAGGUCCUGUACAAAAGCUAUGGUCAGCAUUUAAAUGAACCACCUCCCUUGUUCUUCCAGUGGGCAUCAAGAGCUACUGUGUUUCUUUGUCACACCCUUUAAAAAAAAACAACGGUCCAGAUAACAGUUAAUUUAAUUUCUAGAUACUGUAGCUCCACUUACAGAACAGCAUUUUCUAGUGAAUUUCCAGCCAGCAUGGACAGCGACAAAGUCAACAGUUGUAAUAAGUGUGCAGAAAAGUCACUUAACAGUUUGGGGGGUGGAAAAAGUGGUUCCACAGCAUUUCUGUUUUAUAUGUAACCCACUACUGUAUAAUAAAAUGGGAGGGAUUUCCAGGUUUAUAGUAUUGUCAGUGUAGUAAAUUUUGAUGCAUUAAUUUGGAGAAGAGAAAAUCAGUUUCUUGCACUUUACUUUCUUUUUAUAUAUACAUAUAUAUAUAUAUACAUACAAAAUCUUGUUAUUUAAAAAAAGUCUGCAUUUUAGGUACAUGAUAUAUGUUCUUAAGCCUUUCUGUAAUACACUAAAGAACUGGAUAUUUCAGUAAAGAUGUGUUAAUGUUUUGCCUCUUUUGUAUCCAAGUUUUGGAUUUCAUUGUUCUAUGAAGUCUUUCUUUUUCCAUAAUUUGAAUGGAAUAGAGUGAGUGAUAGAGUUAUUCCACACAGUAGGGAGAAGACUUAUUUUUUGUAGAUGGAUUUCCUGCAUUAAAGUAUUCAAAAUCAGAUGAACACCACAGGCUAUGUAAAACACACACAUUGUAGAUUUUACUGGUCUGUAUAAGUGUCCUUCAAUAUGGUUCCUAGAAAAUAAUUAUCCUGCUUUGUUUUGAUUCUAUCAGUUCAAAUUUCAGCACAGCCUACUCUUGACUGUUUCACUGGUGUAAAAAUCGUGUCCUUCAGAACUAUCAAAACACUAUAUUUUUGACUAAGCAAUUUUCAACAGCUGUUAAUUUCUUUUCCAUUUUGGUUUCUGGCAAACGAGUUACAAAUGAAAAAUCUCUGCCAAUAAUAAUUUAGGACUUUGUUUUAGCUUAGCUUCUCUUUUGACUUUAGUGGUGGUACCUACAGAAGCUAAAAUUAAAAGUAUCAUGACUUUUGCUAAGGUUCAGGACUUCAAUCCAGCACUUAUGAAUGGAAGUUCUAUCUUUUUCAGGACAGUCCUCUGAGUUUUAAUUAAUUAGUUGAGGGCAUUUUUAAAAGAAAUUUUUGUAUAUGGAUAUGCUGGUGUGGAUUAAUAACUUAUGCUAUGUAUCAGAAACAAUAUUGGGGCUCAGAUCUUCUAGAGCAUAUAUAGUGUUAUAGAUCAGAGGCAGAAAGAAUUCUGUAAGAAGGUAGAAUAAGUGGGUAGAACAUGAGUUCUGGAAUUCUUUCCAGUUCUUUAUCUGCAAUGGUCAUACAUAGUUGGUGUGUAUAUUUUUGUCUGUGUAAUGGAAUACAGAAGCAUUUCUAUUCUCCCCUUGCAGGGCAUCUUCUGGUUAUAUAUAUGUGUACCCUGGCAAACACAGGGCAGGUUGUGUAUAUGUUUCUCUAGGUCACGUGACCCGGAGAGAUGUAAGCCAGAAAAAUUUUCCUUCCCCCACAUCAAAUACUGUAGCCUAAAUAUUUGAGCAAUCUAUGGAUAUUGGGGUGGAUAGGUUAAUAGGAAUAAUUUGCAUAGUAAACUUUCCUGGAAAAUUUUCCAAUCCAGUUUUUUUCCCCUCUGUUGACCAAGAGGUAAAGAACGAAGAAUUUAAAAUAGAACCAUCAGCAACAUUUUGAUUCAGUGCCUCUCCUACAGAGAUGAACUAAGGGUAUUUAACUUUUUUUUCUGGAUUGUUUUUCUCUGAAGCUCCCCAGCAUAUUUUACCCAUUUUUGAGUUAACUCUCCUUUGCCAGCUUUUUCCUCCACACCAGAUAUGCUACUGUUCUGUUCCACUUUCACAGAGUUAAUCCUGCUGACUGAUGGACAGAAUCCUGAGCUCCUUUACAUAAUUUCUGUGUAAUAUUUCAUUAGGUUGGAAAGAAUAAAAAGGGUUCUUUCUAUAGCUUCUAGUAAAUUGCAGGCUUCCAAGAAGCAGUUUUUCAAUGGUGGGAUCUGUUUGAACCUUUGUGAUCAUAAUUCCCUCAGAAAUCAAAAAUAUUGUGGUGUUUUUAAACAGGGGCAUCACAUCUGAGAAGCAAAAUUCUGGACAAUCUCUAGAUGGUGGCAACGAGUUAAGAGUUUUGUGUAUUUCUUUUCUGCUAUUUUAGUGGAAAUCCAUAUUUUUGCAGCCCAGCUAUGGUAGCCCUAGUUAAAUACUGAACCCUUAAAUGCUUAACUAAGUUACAAUCUCUGAGGGAGAUGGACAGUUUAGAAAUAUGAAAUAUAAAUAAAUAAAUAAUCCUCAAACCCUACAAAAGCCCUAGAAGUCUCUUUCCCUCCACAGCUUCAAUUGACAAGGUUCUUUAUUUAACUCUUAUUUAUAGCUCACAGCUUUUUAUCACUCAGCACAAAGCACAGGCUCCCAUGUGGCUUCUUUUGCCAUUUACAUGAUAAUAUGGAAUUUAACUGUGUAAUUUUUUUAGCGUGUAUGUCAGCAUGAGUUUUGUAGCUUACUCGGAUGCAGUGCCUCAGACUCUUUUCACCUAAUGAAAAUACAUUUAAAUAAUAUAGCAGUGGCAGCAUACAUUUAAAACCAUCUGUAAAGGUAAAAGGCAGUGCCAUAAACAUCCCAAAAUCUUUUUUAAAGCUUUCUAGAAAUCUCAACUGGAUCACAUCUUUGGCGGCUUAACAGAUGAUUCAUCUUCCUUGCCAUUGUGUCAAAAUUUAAGUCUCAGAUAAUUGUACCUUUCCGAAAGAAUCACGGGCAUAUGCUUUGAUGAUCAGUGAUGAUCAUUUCAAAUGAUACAACAACAGUGGGUUCAGAAAUGAGGGGCUACUUGGAAAGCAGAGAAGAAAGGGAGAAGAAAGCUGCAAGGUGUGGAAAAAACGGCUUCAUAAGGGAUAAUAAGGGUUGGAUUAUAGAUUUCAGAAGUAUGAGUGACUUGGUUGAGACAUCAUAUUGCUUUUAACCACGAGUUGAAUAAGAAAUAUUCUGAUUCAGUAUUCUUACUGAAUAAGCAAUAUUCUAGAAUGCUCAUAGCAUGAAGCUACAAAUCAUCACUUGCAAUCAUAGCAGGAUACUGAGCCAAAACAUAAACAAUACAGAGUGAUAGGCAUUUUGUCCUCGUUGGUUCCUAUUUGCUAUGUUUGAUCCUAACAUUUCAUUCAGAAAUAAUUGCUCUUUCAAUUGAAUAGCAAAAGCACAUAGACUUAUAUACAGCUUAACAGUGCUUUACAGCAUUCUCUGAGUGGUUUACAGAGUCAGCAUAUUGCCCCCAAUAAUCUGGGUCCUCAUUUUACCAACCUCUGAAGGAUGGAAGGCUGAGUCAACCUUGAAUCGGUCAGACUCUAACUGGAGUGAGCAGUGAGUUAGCCUGCAGUACUGCAUUCUAUGAAACUGGGUUUUAAUGAAGUGUAUUUAUAUUCUGUCAUCAGAUUUCAGUGGGACUCUCACAUACCUGAAUAUUCCCUAGAUUAUCUCUUUAGAAAACUAGAGAGAGAGAAAUAAUUCUAGCCUAAUAUUCUGUAUCAAGCUUACUGCAGAUCUGAGUAACCUCUGAUCUUAACUUGGUUCCUCUGACUUCACAGUUAAUGAUAUUCUAAGGUUACCAAUGACCUUAACUUAUGUAGUUUCACACUCGGAGAACAACUUGAAGAACAGAAGUGUGGCUUCCUGGGCAAAGGCUUUCUAGAGACGUAGUGACAAUGGGCAAAUUUAAUCAACUGUUUUCAGCAGCUUUUAGAUAACAGGCAAGGUAGGGUAGGUAGCUUUAGCCUUGCUUAUCUUUGAAUUUAUCUUGACACUGAAUUGGAAACACUUCAUUCUGCAAAGGCCAAAGUAAUAGGUUUUAAACAAGAAUUGCAUUGUAUUCUGAUUUACUUUUAUAAAACUAGAUCCUAGUUACUUGUUGCUGUUUAUUUCCUCAAAUUUAGCAGCAGAAAGUAAAAAAAAUGAAACAUCACAUAUGAAACUACAUUCAUUAAUAAUUUUCUGGUUAAAAUUGUAUAGAAAUGCAUCCCAAAUCAGUUGGUGAAAUUAAUAGUAUUUCAAAUGGUAUUGCCCUGAUUAAAUAGACUUGGUACAGGAUUUUUUUUAAUAAUAUCCUUUUCACAAAGAAAACAAGAGCAAUAUAUCUGCUUCGCUUUACUUUUAAAAAAAGCCUCAAUUUUCCAGUCUUAACUUGGUCAGAGUUGAAGGAUGUUUACAGAGGGCUGAAGCAAAAAAGGCUAAUGGUUUUGUGCAUAGUGUGUGGUUAAAUAAAAUUUAUGGCUUAGCACAAUGAGACAGGAUAUAUAUAUAUUUAAGGCAUCAUUCACUUAACUACAGCUUCUCAAAUCAACCACAGUUUGCUGUAUUCAUACUUUUGCUUAUGUGCAGAUCAAAUGUUUAAAUAAAAACAUUCUCUGAUCAUUGAAAUAAUUAUAUAAAAAUGAAAUGUUGUGAAAUCAUCUACCUACAAGUUUUUAUUGAA